AUGGCAGCUCUGCCCGGGACGGUGCCUCGGAUGAUGCGCCCGGCUCCGGGGCAAAACUACCCUCGCACAGGCUUCCCCUUGGAAGUUUCCACCCCGCUGGGCCAGGGCAGGGUGAACCAGCUCGGAGGGGUGUUCAUCAACGGUCGACCAUUGCCCAACCACAUCCGUCAUAAAAUCGUGGAGAUGGCUCACCACGGGAUCCGGCCCUGCGUGAUUUCCCGGCAGUUGCGGGUCUCCCACGGUUGCGUCUCCAAAAUCCUCUGCAGGUACCAGGAGACAGGCUCCAUCCGUCCCGGAGCCAUCGGAGGCAGCAAGCCCAGGCAGGUUGCGACUCCCGACGUGGAGAAGAAAAUCGAGGAAUACAAACGGGAAAAUCCCGGGAUGUUUAGCUGGGAGAUCAGAGACAGGCUCCUGAAGGAUGGGCACUGCGACCGGAGCACCGUGCCUUCAGUGAGUUCGAUUAGCCGUGUGCUACGCAUCAAAUUCGGGAAGAAAGAGGAAGAGGAGGACUGCGACAAGAAGGAAGAAGAUGGGGAGAAGAAGGCCAAGCACAGCAUAGACGGCAUCCUGGGCGACAAAGGUAACAGGCUGGACGAAGGCUCUGACGUCGAAUCCGAACCAGACCUGCCUUUGAAGCGCAAGCAACGCCGCAGUCGAACCACUUUCACUGCUGAGCAGCUGGAGGAGCUGGAGAAGGCCUUUGAGAGAACCCACUACCCAGACAUCUACACACGAGAGGAGCUAGCUCAGAGAACCAAGCUCACCGAGGCCCGAGUUCAGGUGUGGUUCAGCAACCGAAGAGCGAGAUGGCGCAAACAAGCGGGAGCGAACCAACUUGCGGCUUUCAAUCACCUGCUGCCAGGGGGCUUCCCGCCGACAGGAAUGCCGACUCUCCCCCCGUACCAGCUGCCGGACUCCACCUACCCAACGACCACCAUUUCCCAAGAUGGGGGAAGCACUGUACACAGACCCCAGCCCCUGCCGCCAUCCACUAUGCACCAGGGAGGGCUCGCUGCAGCCGCCGCUGCUGACACCGGCUCUGCCUACGGGGCCCGACACAGCUUCUCCAGCUACUCGGACAGCUUCAUGAAUGCUGCUGCUCCUGCCAACCACAUGAAUCCUGUUAGCAAUGGCCUCUCUCCACAGAAGCAGGGUGCCCAAAACAAGAUGCAGUGCUCCAGGUGGAACCUCACCAUAGCCUUGAACAAUCAGGUGAUGAGCAUCCUGAGCAACCCCAGUGGGGUUCCUCCACAACCCCAGGCUGACUUCUCCAUCUCUCCCCUUCACGGCGGCUUGGAUACCACCAACUCCAUCUCUGCCAGCUGCAGCCAGCGGAGCGACUCCAUCAAGUCCGUGGACAGCCUCCCGACUUCUCAGUCCUACUGUCCUCCCACCUACAGCACCACCAGUUACAGUGUGGACCCAGUGGCUGGCUACCAAUAUGGACAGUACGGACAAACCGCUGUUGAUUAUUUGGCCAAGAACGUGAGUCUGUCUACACAGCGUAGGAUGAAGCUGGGAGAACAUUCAGCUGUUCUGGGCCUCCUACCAGUAGAGACAGGCCAAGCUUACUGA